AAAAUUCAAUACACUUUAGACAAUAUGUGAAAAGAUGAAGUAAAUUAAUGACUACAAAAAUUAAUUUCAUUAUCUUACCUCCAAAACAGUCGGAUUUCGAUAACUGCUUCCGCGAACGCGAACCUUAAUUUUGUAGCGUGAAAUUAAAUCGACUACACAGACUGGAACAAGCGGACUCGACUUGAAGAGGAGCCAAGCGUUGGGUGAGAGGCGUCCACUGUUCAUUUCCCGCGUUAAACGCCGGGUAAUCUGAGUACAGUCUACACCGUCUUUACCGGUGAAGCCAAUCAUUCUCUCUACUUGGAAGAGGAAAAAGAAAAAUAAUAUACUACCAAGUACGCAACUAUAUCAACGUCCGACCUAGAAGCCAAACCUCACGCGCCACUUCACGCGCCUCCGAAGCCAAUUCUUUCCCCUCUCUCUUUCAAUUGUUUUCUUUGAAUCCGAUACCGAACCGACCAGUUGAGAAGAGCUGAAUAUAUAUAUAUGAUGGAAAAGCCUAGCGACGAACAGAAGAAGCCGGAUGCGGAUCAGACCUCGGGUCAGGAACGGGACCCAAAGCCCAAUCCGACUGCGGAGGGCGGUGCUCAACCCAACGUGGAGGUGCCGAAAUCUCAGCCUCAGCCUCAGUCCGGUGCAGGUGCUGAUCCUGAUUCCGCGCUCGGAUUGGAGACGCAAAAUCAAGCCAACAACGAUAAUAUUAAUAAUAAUAAUAAUAAUGAGAGUCAAAAUGAAAGUGAAAUUGAUGAUAAGUCGGCUUUGAAUAAUCGGUCGAAGAAAUCGGUGCAUUGGAACAAUGACUUGGUUAUGAAAUCUUCAUAUUCUGGAACUGUACCUUCUGCUGCUACUGAGGCUGAUGGUGGAUCCAAUCCUUAUGUUGCCUCCUCUCCUUCGCUUACCUCCUCACCCUCUUUAAAGGAUAGGAUGGAUACUGUUCGUGAUGUGCUAGGGAAAUGGGGAAAGAAGGUUGAAGAUGCCGCUAAGAAGGCCGAGGAUCUUGCUGAAAACACUUGGCAGCAUUUGAAAACGGCUCCUAGUUUUGCUGAUGCUGCCAUGGGAAGAAUUGCACAGGGAACAAAGGUUCUUGCAGAGGGCGGUUAUGAGAAGAUUUUUCAACAAACUUUUGAGACAGAUCCAGACGAGGAACUUCAAAAUUCAUAUGCAUGCUACUUAUCCACAUCGGCUGGUCCCGUCAUGGGAAUAUUAUAUGUAUCUACAGUAAAGCUUGCAUUUUGCAGCGACAGUCCUCUUUCUUAUAAAGCUGAUGACAAGACUGAAUGGAGCUACUAUAAGGUAAUUAUCCCGCUACAUCAGAUUAAAGCGGUUAACCCUUCAUCAAGCCGAACUAAUCCCGCUGAAAAAUACAUCCAGGUUAUCUCUGUUGAUGGCCAUGAAUUUUGGUACAUGGGCUUUCUAAACUACGACAGUGCGGUGCAGCGCCUACAGGAAGUUUCGCAAGCCGGUGACUUACAAUCAGUGUGACACUAAUCUCCCGUUUUUUAAGCUUUAAGCGCAUGGUUAAGUGUGUUCAUGAUGCCAAGAACCACUUAACUGUCAUACUUCAAUCCUGGAGUGCUCUUGAAGCAUCUUGACUUAAAAGAUCAAAGACGAUGCCACAACUCUUCUUUGAGGACUCUUUUUGAUAUAGCUAUAGAGAUGAGACUAGGUGAGUGGACAUUUCAUGACUACAGAUAAAAUAGGUAUAUGGAGUCUUGCUAGUUUACAGUUCAUAUGGUAAUAAUUUUGCAUGCUACAAAUCAUUUGGCUACUUAACAUUGUAUUGGAUCUCUUUUUUUGGUAAGGUAAUAUGAUCUGUUGAAGAUACUAGCUGUAUAAAUCCUGCACUUUACAAUUGCAAGUCUCUUGAUUUUUUUUUUUUAUUUAAAAUUUCUAGACCUGCUUUAUUGCAUAAUCUGCAUUUAACUAGAAUAAUUUAUUUAUUUAUUUAUUAUUAUUUUUUUUAUUGGUAAGAAACUCGUACACCCAUUUGCUCUUACGAGGAUUUAGAAUUUAUGAUCGAAUAAACUCAUGCACCCAUUUGCUCUUACGAGGACUUAGAAUUUAUGUUCCAAUUUGUGGCGCGUGCCGCAAUACCCCAUUAAGGGAAGCCCCCGGUCUAAUCUUUUAGUGGAGUUGGUUUGGAGACGGAUGGGGCUUGAGAAAUGGGAGGUGGGAACUCA